AAUUUAAAAAAAUAAAAAUAAAUAAAUACUAACUCUGUAUUGGCCCACCAAAAAAAUUUGAUGAUUCCAAAGAUAAAUUCUCUAAUAAAUAAAUAAAUAAAUAAAUAUGGCUUGACAACGCCCUAAUCCGAUAAGACUUCAUGCAAAAUAUAGUUAUCAGGACAACAAUUAGCCAACCAAAUGGUGUAAGAAAUAUAGUUUUCAAAACUACCUCCCUUAGGUACAUAAAUCACGUACACAAUGAACUAAUUAUAUAUCCCUUUCACCCACCAGUAGCGAGGGAUUACCGCGAGGAUAAUCCCAACCUCCAACCCCAGCCAUGCCACGUCACUAGGAGUCCGAGUCAAUGAUUGCUCCUAUUGUUGAGUCGACGUAAUACUAUUUAGUGUAUAUGAUUGGUUAUUACUGAUGUGGUACAAAACCCGUGGUUACAGGGCUUCGUUAGAUCCUAACACAGUCGUGGGUACACUGCUGGCCACUCGGACGAUCAUGAUACAGGGAUAACUCACGGCAGACUGACACUCCCGUUUUCGUACACCAUGGUGAAAUUCGUGAUUACUGUGUGUCUUCUAGUGUUAUGUAAAAAUGCUGAUGGUGCUUGUACGUUCCCUUCUGAUCUGACUGGGACAUGGGUCACCUCGACGAUGGGAACGAUUACAUUUACGACAUCCCAGGUGACGAUCCCGUCAGUCUACACCUACGGCAAUCUCAUCUUCGACUGUGACACGUUAGACGGCACACAGUAUCUACUCAGGUCAACAACGACGGUGACGGUCCUCGGUAACCAACUCGACGUCGUCACUUGUUUCAACGACGUCACCAUGCUCACCACCAGUGUCAAGUACAAGCUCCAACAUGCGACAGCUGCACUGAACGAUGCGAGCGGCUGGCGUAUUAAAGUUCUCCCCACGGGUACAUCCCUCGUCGCCAGCACCCUGUGUGACGCGUCCACGCCAUACGCCAUCGGAACCCAAGACAUCCUCAUCAAAGAUGGUUCAGCCAGCAGUGCCUACAUCCAGUGUCCAGACGCGUUGCUGGGGACGUUCUCCUAUACCUACGAUGCCGGAAGCGGUGACGUCUGCUCUGGCGGCUCCUACCUCGACGUUUGUACCGACCUCACCGCCAUGACCUUCGACCUAUCCAUCUGCAGUCAGAAGGUCGCAUACUCUAGUGGGGGUGUGGUCAACUGUGUCUACAGCCAGACCGACACGUCGACAGACACAACAUACGUCGCCGUCUACAACAACGACACCACCACUGACGAGAGCACGACGUACAGAUACACGUGUUUGGCCGUCUCGGCGACUGGCGCCGUUGUCAACGUCAGCCAAAGCGCCAGGAUCUGCCAGAGCGAUCAAAACGCCACUUACGUGGCUACAGGCGCCACACUACAACUGACGUCCAACCAGACCUGUGUGCCGGAAAACAUAACAACGACAACUACUGCUCCGACGACGACUGCUGCUCCUCUUACCGGUAACACCACCGGCAUUGCUGUAGGUGUGUCCUUCGCCAUCAUCAUGCUCGUCCUGUUGGUCGUCCUGUUCCUCUUCCUCUUCUGUGGGAAGAAACGAAUGAGGCUGUACAAGAGCAUUUGUGGCGGGAAAUGUGUCGUCUGCUGCUCCGAGACCCAUGAAUGCAUGCAGUUUAGUUUGUUGAAAUGUUGCGGAUGUCUGUCGUGGACGAAGAUGAUCCUACUGCGGUGCUAUGAGUGUUGCUGCCCCGAGUGUAGUCAAGGGAGAGUUGAGCCGUCGGGUGGCGAUGUAGAGUCCGGUAUUGUCGUAACGGUGACUCCACCGGCGGAUGAGAAGAAGGAUUCGUUUAUGCCACUGCCGCCUAGCGUCGAGGAGGUGGGCCCAGUAGACUCUCAAGGAAACCCGCGUCGACUUCCCCCUCUGGAACCCAACAAGACAUCACCUAUGACAGUGAUUGAAGAGGAGCCUGAUGAGAUGCCGGGCUCCCCAACCAAGCUCCCAGCUAUCUCGCCCCGUUCUGAUGAAGCGGAACCCUCACAGGAUGCUUCUGAUGGAAAGAUGGAACCGGAAGAGAAGGUUGACGAGUUGAAGCCUGACGAGGAGUUGGUAGCUGUAGCUGGGGAACAAGUUCAAGGUCAAGAGACGAAGCCUGACGAGGAGUUGGUAGCUGUAGCUGGGGAACAAGUUCAAGGUCAAGAGACGGAAGGGGAGGUAACUCAGGUGAAAGAGCUGACGAACGUACAGGAACCUGUGGUGAAAGAUGACCCUACUGCUAACGAAGGUGAGGUGGUUCAGCCUGUAAAUGAGCCAGAAAACACCCCGGUUGAGUCAGGCCCUACUCCAGUCCCGCCAGAAACUGCCCCGGAGCAACCUGAAACUGCCCCCGAGCAACCUGAAACUGCCCCGGACCAACCUGAAACUGCCCCACCAACUGAAACAGCUCCAUCUGGCGAUCAGCCUGAGACUCCAGCAGAAACAACUACAGCUGAACCUACUCAACAAACGACAGCUGCAAGGGAACUUGACCUCCAACCAGUGGAGCAUUCCACUCCCAGAGAUUGA